AUGCGUUUGUGUUUUCCAGGCUGCUGCACUGCUCAGGAUCCAGUCACAGGUCCAGAGGAGGUGAGGGGUCAGGAGCAGGGCUCCUUGACAGUGCAGUGCCAAUAUACCUCAGGAUGGAAUGAUUACAACAAGUACUGGUGCCAAGGAGAUUAUUGGAAAACAUGUGAGAUUCUCGUUGAAACCGAUGCCUCAGAACGGUUGGAGAAGAAGAACCGUGUGUCCAUCAGGGACAACCAGACACACCGCAUCUUCACAGUGACCAUGGAGGAUCUGAGGAUGAGUGAUGCUGGCAUUUACUGGUGUGGAAUUAUGAAAUCUGGAACGGAUCCCAUGUUUAAAGUUAGUGUGAACAUUUACCCAGAAACUUCAGCUACAGUACUGAUAACCAGACGCACAUUUCUGACGUCCACACCAAUUAUGGAGAACAUUGGCAUGAAGAACAUUGGCUGCUGCACUGCUCAGGAUCCAGUCACAGGUCCAGAGGAGGUGAGGGGUCAGGAGCAGGGCUCCUUGACAGUGCAGUGCCGAUAUACCUCAGGAUGGAAGGAUUACAACAAGUACUGGUGCCAAGGGGAUUAUUGGAAAACAUGUGAGAUUCUCGUUGAAACCGAUGCCUCAGAACGGUUGGAGAAGAAGAACCGUGUGUCCAUCAGGGAUGACCAGACACACUGCAUCUUCACAGUGACCAUGGAGGAUCUGAGGAUUAGCGAUGCUGGCAUUUACUGGUGUGGAAUUACGAAAUCUGGAACGGAUCAUAUGUUUAAAGUUAGUGUGAACAUUGAUCCAGGUAAGAAAAAAUCCCAGAAAAUCCUACUUGGGGUGUGGUGGGAUCAGUGA